GUAGUGCGAUCAAACAGCCGCUCGGUCUGCACGCAACACUGCCAACAGAAGGGAAGUGCUGUGUAUCGCAGUGUGAGCGACGCUCGAAAGAAAAGCGGUAUCUGCAUGCUAAAGGUACCGCUGUGGGACAAUAUACAAAGGGCAGACUACAGACAGAGGAGGAUCAUCUGGAACAGCGUGCCCUGUCUGCAUCGCUAAUACAGUAAAGUACGAUCCGAAAGAGGCUUGCUGGAUCAUUAACCCUUUUAAAAGAACAUCCAGCACAGCCUCUUACACCUGGACCGCCGCGAUCGAGCACUGCUCGUCGGUUCCUCUUCAUGCAAAAAUAAGGUAGUCAGAGAUCCGAUAUGUCAGCCGUAACUUCUUCCAUGUUUGAUAUUCCGAGGACUAUUUUCGCGAUUGAAAAUCAGAACAACGCUGGAGGUAACCAGACAGGCCAGUGCAAGCCGAUGCCACCUCCUUCCCUGGGCACUUUAAAACUCGUCCACGGGAAUGGAACUAGCGUAGGCACCAUAAUAUCCUUCCAAUGUCCGUCCAAGCACCGGCUGAUCGGCGAGGGUACAGUGACCUGCGUGUGGCGAAGCAGCAGUUCGCAGUGGACGGGAGGAGCGCCCUGGUGUAAGCCCCUGACGCGCUUUGAGGACUUUGGAUUCAGGGUGGCUGUGAUCGCCUCCAUUGUGAGCUGUGUUGUCAUCCUGCUGAUGUCUAUGGCCUUUCUCACCUGCUGCCUGCUGAAGUGCAUCAAGAGACAGGAGAGGCAGAGGCGUGAGAGGGAGACACAUCUGUGGGUGGGGCAAGGGCACCUGGGUGAGACACAGGCCCCACACAAAGGCCGAAACAAGAAGAACAACAGAAGCAAGCAAAAGACCACAUCGAGUCUGACCUGCGACUGUGUGGAGUGUAACAAAAGAAUGUCCUAUGGGUGCCAUCAUCUACUUGCAAUGGAUAGCCUCGCCUUUACCCCUGCCCCAUUCCCCUGCAGUGCAUACAGCAAUCCUGUUGGGCCCCACCCCGAGUGUAUCGCUCCAACCAAGAGCUGCAGCCCUGCAGAACAGACGAUUAGUGUGAUCAGCAGACCGUACAUGGACGACCCCAAUGGGAACUGUCAACGUCUCCUCAAUCCUGAGAGGCAACCCUCGCAAUUAAUAUACGUGUGAGUCAACAAUGUGAAGAUGAGACAAUGAAUGGACAUUGACCAGCUACACAGGUCAAAGUUAAAAUCACCGAUCUCCUUGGACAAGCAUCAUUCUUGCCUUAAACUUUUACCAGAUGAAUGCUGCAGAUGGCCAGGAAUCGUCAUGACCAUUUGGUACUUUUAACAGAUAGGAUGUAGCAAUAAGAAAUAUUUCUUCAGCUUUUUUUCCAUUUCAUGUUUUUACUGGGAACUUAGAGAUUUGUUUUUUACUGGCAAAAACUAAAGUGUAGAGUAACCAGUCAGUGGAAUGGUCCAUAUGUAUUUCAUAGCUUAGGAACUUAUUUUUGACCAGGGCAAAAUAAAAUGGACAAAAAACAUCCUUGUAAAUCAGAAGUGAGAAAAAUUGCUCUUUGAAUGGAGUAUGUCUUCCCUCCCCAAAACCAAGGAAUAUUCACAGUGUUAUAGUUGUGAAUGCUGUCACAUGUGAGCUGAGAACAUUCUUCAUAAUCAGGUGAGUCUAUGGAACUGCUUGUUGACAGAAGAACAUUUUAAAAUUUCCUAUGGAAAACAUUGGAUGACUACUGACAAAAGCAGAAUAUUGGUGCCAGGCAGUUAAUUUGUAGGAUCACAGUUGUAAUACUUUAUACUGUUUGCAGAGUAAAAUGAUUGUAUUAAAGUAUUUUAAAAUA